AUGCUUGGAUUGGAUGGAAGUCAUAGUUCUGUAAUGAUGCAAAUUAGUAUAUUAGAACAACUUGUAAUAAAAUACCCAAAUUUCUUUGAUGACAUCACAUUAGUCAGUGGGACACAACUAUCAAGUAUUGUAGUUUUGAUGAUAUCAGUUGGGUAUGACUUAACAACAAUCAAAAUGAUUAUGAGAUUGAUAUUAGAAAUGUAUCCAACACGAACAGGAAUGGUUGGUGGAAUUACUGGUGUGAUGUAUGACAAUUGUUAUCUUCAUGUUAUUUUAGAAGAAGUGUUUGGAAAAAUGAAAAUCAAAGAUAUUAAUUAUCUAAUUGCAGUCGAUGCAUUACAAGCAGAUUCCAUUGUAAACAAUCCAGAAGAUGAAGAACGAACACACCAUGCAAUUUUAAUGACUAAUUUCAAAGAAAAUUAUGAAAAUAUGACAUGUGUUGAUUUAUGUAUGAGAAGUGAAGCAGUUCCAGGAUAUUUUGAAGAGUAUCAAGGAUAUCUCAGUGGGAUGUUAAUUGAGAAUAAUCCAGUUGUCUUGUGUAUUCCAUAUUUAAUUGGUCAAAUGGGAGUAGAAAUAGAUAAUAUUGUUUGUUUGAAUAUUUCAGAUGGAGAUUUUGAACCAAGGUGUUAUGACAUGGAAAAGUAUGGUUCAAGUGGAUUUAUAAAAUGGGGAAGUGAGUUGGUUAAUAUUUUUCAAUUAAGUAGAAGAGAAUUUUCAGAAAAAACAGGAAAGUAUUAUUUAGGAGACAACUUUUGUAGAAUUGAUAUUGAAGUGCCUAAAAACAUUGAAUUUAAUGAUAGAGAGAAAUUGGAAGAAUACGGAAGAAGUGUAGAAAUAACAAAAUAUUUUGAAUGGAUUGAAAAGAGGUGGAUUAUUAAUUGA